AUGAAUUUUCUUAACAUCGCUCGGAGAAAGCGAAAAUUUGUCGCGUUUACGGCCAUCGUCAGCGUGUGUGGAUAUUUGGUUUACUCAAUGUUGAUCUGCUGUCCGGCCAUUUCACAUUCGAGCGGGGUACGGUUAAGACAGAACCUCCAUAUACUCGGUUCAGAAGACGAUCUCCGGCAGCCCGGUGGUGGUGAUGGUGGUCUGCACGUUUACGGCGUCGAUGGUGUGGACAUCCAUGGGUUUUACGGAGGUGUCAAACCAGACGAUCCCGUUAAGCGAGAGAAUAUCUGGGAGGACGAGGACGACGAAACUGAUACGGACAGAGAUUUCGAGCGUUACGACGAUGAGGACACGGACGAUACAAAUCAUACCCGCCUUGGUGGAAAGAGCGUUGAUUCCAUCGCCGCUAACAAAACAAACGCAACUCGCAAACUUCCACAAGCUGUAAUCAUCGGGGUGAAAAAAUGUGGAACAAGAGCUUUAUUAGAAUUCAUUCGCAUGCACCCUGAUGUGCGUGCUCCGGGACCUGAAGUUCAUUUUUUUGACAGGUUUUACACUUUGGGUGAAGACUGGUACAG